AUGAGCAGCAGUAAGCUAAGACUUCUUUCCGAUUUACAACAACUGCAGAAAGAUCCACCCGAAGGAAUAACAGCAAGUCCAGAGAGCGAUAAUGAUUUGUAUGUGUGGAAUGCUACAAUCACAGGACCUAUGGAUUCUAUUUGGGAAGGUGGUAUUUUCUUCCUUCGGUUGACCUUUCCUGAAGACUAUCCUACAAAACCUCCAAAAGUCAAAUUUACCAGCAAGAUUUUUCAUCCUAACGUUUAUAAAGAUGGUUCUAUUUGUUUGGACAUUGUUCAAGACAAAUGGUCACCAAUUUAUACUGUAGAUUCUAUUUUAACAAGUAUUUUGUCACUACUUGAAGAUCCCAAUCCCGAUUCACCUGCCAAUCCAGAGGCUGCUAAAUUAUUUGUCAAUGAUCCAAAAGAAUAUAAGAAAAGAGUGAGAAAAUGUGUAGAGGCAUUGAUGGAAUAA